ACAGUGCGCAACGAUUUUUGAAAAAUGUCACGUCUUCGUCGUAUUAAUUACACUAGAAAAAAAAAAUUUACUGUCUAAAAUAAAAUUAUCUCACUAAAAUGCCAAAUGACUUUAAAAAUAAAAAAUUAUCUGAAACUGCAAAAGUUCUCAAUGCCAAACGAAAGGGACUUAAUUCAUCAAGCCAAAACCAUCAAAAGAAGAACUUUAAUAAAAAAAUAGCUUUGCGGAAGAAAAAAGCUGAAGUUGAUUCAAAAAACUGUUUAGAAGUUUUCAAAAAGACGGCAAAACAGGUAAGCUUAAUUGUUCGUGUUUUUCGAAGAAUCCGUCAGCUAACAAUUGAAAGACGUGGAGUGAUUUAUUCUGGGGCAAUGCAACUUAUGGACAAUGUGGUACAAAACGUAGAAGGAAAAGAUUUACUUUUUGAUCCAAACGAUUACAAAAGUCGAUAUCAAUUUGCUAUUCCUUUAUGGGCUAGAAAAACAUGCGCUCUGUUGCCAGAGCAAAGAAGUGAAAUAGAAAUAUUAAACAUGGCUAGCUUAAUGAGACAAUUAAAAAUAUUUCGCAAAUACUCUUCAAAAAUGCAACUGUUGCUUGCAAAGAUAGUUACUUAUGAACGUUUUGGUAGACGUAGAGUUGUUAUUCGAAAAGGACAUAUUGGAAGAUGUUUUUAUCUAGUUUUUUCAGGUACUGUAGGUGUAGUUAUUCAGGGAGACGAAGAUCGUGCGUUUGUUAAUGAUGAAAAACCAGUUAAUAUUCUUAGGAAAGGCGAUGCUUUUGGGGAGUUAGCUUUGGUUCGAAAUACUGCACGUUCAGCGACCAUUGUAUGUCUAGAAAACACUGAGUUUUUAGUUAUUGACAAAGAUGAUUUUUUAAGACUUGGAGUUCACAAAUAUGCUUACGAGGAAAUGCUUGAAAGGUGCAACUUUAUGAGAUCAUUAGAAAUAUUUAAAACCUGGAGUGAUGAAGCAUUAAAAGAGGUAGCAGAAGGAGGACGUCACGUUGAACUUUUAUGCAACAAUGUUGUUGAAGUAGAUACUGUGCUUUCAGAAUUUGUUUACUUUGUUAAAAAAGGACAACUGGACGUCGUUCGGCUCUUAGAUCUAUCUGUGCUGAACGAGGAAAAGUGUAAUUAUUACAGUAGAUCUAAAAAAGACUCCUUCCAAUUUAAUACUCCAAACAAUUCACCGUGCAGCACACCACAUCUUUUAGAAAAAAGAAAAAAAACGAAUGAAAAUCAGUUAAGUCAUCUAUACCAACUAUCUUUAUACAUUACUAACAAGACUUCAAAUUUAGCUAAUCUACCCGGUUUAUCUACUGAGUUAAAUUUGGGUUUAAAAAAAGAUGAGACGCUAAAAAAAGACUGUAUGCUUAGCUUUAAAACAUCAUCAAAAAAUGAAACUGUUGGGUUGGGCACAUUUAUUAAAGUUGAUUCUUUAACUGCGGGGCAAAUUUUUGGUAUAAACUACAUUUUGAGUGAAGAACACCAAAACGCCGACUGUAAGAGGCGCUUUAUUUUGGUUAGUGCUGGUUGCGAAUUAAUUCGCAUUCAAAAAUCAUUGAUUAAAAGUAAGGCCGAUCAAUCAACUCUUGCUAAAAUAAAACAACGAUCUAUUCCAUAUCCGUCUGAUGCCGAGCUAAAUGAAAUAUUUCUACGAUAUAACAGAUGGAGAUGUUUCAAGGAAAAUUUAGUGGACCGCAUUAUAAACUACAAUCAAAACAUGGAGAUUGCUAAAAAAAAUGUUAGUAUACAAGUGCCUAAAUAUUUUAACUCAAAUUCAAUAUCAGUAGAUCAAUGUACUUGGUUGCAAGAAGAAGUAAGUCCACUUAAAGCUUCAAGCAACUCUUGUUCAAGCGAUACAUCCCGAUCUUUACCAAGCUCUUUCUCUUUGAAAGGUAGAAUAUUUGCACCGCAAAGUACUCAACGAACAUUAAUGAUAACCCAUGGCGGGAUUCGACACAAAAAAAUUGGAAAUGAUAUGAGAGACUUGCUUCAGAAAACUAAGUGCUUAACGACUUGAUUUUUUUGACGGCAUAAAAAACCGCCUUAAUAUAAUAUAAAUUUAUAAAAAAUCCCUUUUUAAAGCUAAAUUAUAUGUACUUACACCUGCACAUAUACU